AUGUGCUUCUUCAACCGCCUCCGCUUCAAAUGCGGCCACACCCAAACCUGCAUCUUCCAAACCUGCACCACAGCCCGGCACACCCGCGGCCGAACCUAUCACACCACCUGUCGUCCCUCAAAGCGUUCCAACCGUAACGUUCGAACAUGGGAUCUUCUAGGCUCAUGCGAAAACUGUCUAAGACUUCAAUACGGCGGUAGUAGGGGUUAUUCCAUGGGUACUGGUAUCGGUAUUCCUAGUGAUUAUAAUAAUCGCUAUGGAUAUGGAUAUGAUGCAUUUGGAGGUGGGAGUAUGGGAGAAGGAUAUUAUCCGUACUACCCUGCUGGUGAUAGGGUAUAUAAUAAUUAUGGUUAUACCGGUGGGUAUAAUACCCCCCGUUAUUGGGACCGCGAUCAUCACCAUAAUCGAGGAUACAAUAACUAUAAUUUCAUAAACCCAUAUUCCUCACACCACCACCGUCGUCAUCAUCACCAAAUCUCCUCUACCAACCCCGACGAAUGCGACGAAGUAAAUUGUAUGAAUAUAAAUACUCCAAAAGACAUCGAAAGGAACUUUAUCAGAAGUGGAUGGGGUAGCCCUUAUAUUGGAUCUGGUGGUAAUAGAGGGGCGUUGGGGGGUGAUGGGUAUGGUGGAUAUGGGUAUGGGUAUAAUAGUGGUAGGAAUAGAUUGUUGGAUAGUAUGCAGGGAGGGAUGGGCAUGGGGUAUCCAUAUGGACUUGAUUAUGGGAGGUAUAUGUAUCAAGAUGAUGAUGUUGAGGGAAUGGGGAUGAGAGGAUUAAGUCCAGAAUUGGAAACGACGCAACUAAGGGCUAUUGAGGGUGGUGAUAGUUAUGAUGGGUAUGAUGGAGUGGGAGCACGAAGUCCGUUUGUGGGGAGGAGGGGGAGAACUCAUGUUCCUGAUGCUCAUAUGGUGGAUUGA